ACUAAACGUAAAUGUUAAUAGUAAUUGCAUUCUCGUCAAUUAGUCGCCAAUCACGCGAGACGAUAUCGGAUACGAGCUAUCGAGGACUAUAGUCCGGUAUAUAAUUGAGAGUCGCGUUAUCCUCGGUCCUAUACAUUUCUGGAUUUCCAAUAAAAAUAGUACAUCUUAGAACGAACGUACUUGGAGCAUUUAAAAUGAAACAUAUAAAAGAUUUCAGGAUUCUUGGCUUUCUUGUGAUUGCCCUGAUAAAUAUGAUCCAGACAACUACACAGGCAAAGAUAGAGCCGCAAGAAGAGGAGAGUAAAGACGUAAAGUCAUGUCUUUUUGAAUGCAUGGCGUGUAGAGAAUUAUGGGGAGCUAUAUAUGAUGGACACGCAUGCGCGAGUGGAUGUUUCUUAACUCAAGGUGCAAGUAUAGACCAGGACUGCAGACUUGGAGCGAAUAUGCCGAAACGAUAUGCUGAAAUUAAAUCAACGGACCAGUGCAAGAAACAGUGCGAACUAUGUUCAAUGAAAUUUACUUCACACAAGUACGACCGAAACAAAUGUUUGGACACAUGUAGCCUUACAAACGGAAAAUCUCGAGAUGCAUCCUGCAGUAAAUACUUGACCCUAUACAAAGUUUUAGGCGCAAGUAACAAAGUAUAGAUAAUGCUUAUUUUUCUUGUUUAUUGAUACGGGGCGCGAGUCAGACAAACGUUUGGCUUUGCUUCGUAUGACAAUAAAGUUAUCUUGCAUUUUAACUGAAAUGAAAUAUUUCAUGUAUGAGAAUGUAGCCCUGGAAUUGCAAAAUACAAACGUGUUUUUAGAUAUCAUUUCAAAAUCGACAUUUAUGUAGAUAGUUAAGUACUCGAGAAAAUUUCGAUCCUUGUGCAUAAAGCAUAACAUUACAUAUUUUGUAUAAUUAUAUAUCUUUCAAACGCUUAAUUCUACGCGUUGCACAAGUGUAAUAAGAAUACAUUUCGUCUUUCGUCUACUAUUAAGUUUCCUAAAUAUGUCAAAAAUAUUUGCAUAAGAUUUCAUUCUUACUCAUUUGAAUUGUGACAGUACAUUUUUAUUUACAUGAUUUAAUCUGCUUUUGCAUGUUAAAAAGCUAUUCAGUUCGUGAAAAAGUGAUAUUACGAGUACAACUUUUCUGUUAAGUUUGUUCAGUCUUCUAACUGGUAACAAAUCUUUGGUGUGUUUGAAAUUUUGAAAACAAGCAAUUACUCAGUAUCUUUUUAAAACAAAGUCCCGAGGUCAUUUUGGAGAAAGAGUAUCGUAUCGAUUAAUUGAUUAAAUUGUGUCAUUUGUCAAAUAAUGAAAGCAGUAAAAAGUGUGUAAAACGACACUUUGUGAAGUUUUCUCAUUCCUCACUCGAGUUGUAGUGUGGAUUUAACGGCAGAGUUUCUCUCUUGCAGUUUGUCUUUUCUUCUUAUUACAAGUUUUUUAUACAAAGAUCUGUAAAGAUGAUAAUAGUUACAGAAUACUGUUAUAAUAUAUUUUCGUUUGAAUAUAAAAUAUGAACAUUUAUAUUCAAAAGCUGCGUUAAAUUUCAGAUAUUGUAUACAUUGUUGUAUUUUACACAUUUAAAAUAUGAAAUGCAAUAAUUGUAUCAAAACCUAAACAAGGUACUAUAUGCUACUCUACGUUUCUAUAACAGAAUAUUUUCGAACAUUUAUUCUUUAUUCUUCGAGUAUCAGAUUUUCAUCAUCAUAAUUCUAACGGUCUCUUGGAGUAUUAGUAACUUAUGAAUUCAAAACCUCUAAAAGAUAUUCAAUUUUAUGUAUGUUUUUCCAUUACAAAUUAUAGCCUCCUAAAAUGUGAAAGCAUUUGUUUUAAACUUUUAUAUAUAGUUAUAGAAUUACAGUUCUUUUACGUUAACUUAGAUAUCAUGGAAUAUGUUUGAUAACCCAUAUACAGAUACAGAGAAAGCCAAAUGACAGGGUUAAAACUUCAUUUUGUCCAAAAUGAGUGUAAUUUUUAUCAGAAAUAUCCACAAAAUAAGUCUAAAAAGAAUACAUAUUUUAGAAAUUCUUAAAACAUCCUAUCACAGUCUUUCGGGUUCUUUAGAAUGAUUUAUGAUAUUUUUUUUCAAGAGAAACUGUUGGAAACCAUGUUACGAACUUGAUCUAUUAAACAGUAAUAAAAGAUGUUAUGUGGAAGUAAGAGAUGGAGACUUACUUAAUUUUGUUUAUUCCAAAGAGAAGCCAAAAUUAACAAGUCUAAAAACAGAAUGGUCACUAUUAUCCGUAACGAGAAGCCAUUGAAAGCGUUAAGCCGACAGCCUAUCAUUGUAGUCGUACAAAGGAGGAUAGAUCAAUGCCUUACUUUAGCUGAAUGUUCAAAUAUAAAAUAUUUUUUUAAAAAAACACCAGUUAAUCAAAUAAGUGCAUAAUUUCAGACAGUAGCUUCUGUUUCUAUCCCAUGGUGAAUAAAAUAUCCCACUUGAUUUUGUCCGAUGGUAUUAGGUUUAAUGUCACGUCGACACGAUUGUAGGUCAAAUGGCUUCUUUUCAGCCUUUUAUGAAGAGGAAGACGCCAGUCGACCCUCCUGGAAGUACUUCAAGCAUAAUAGGCCAACUGGGUAGAACCAUAUGUUAGCUAUUUUGACUGGUUUCGUCGAGAGUCGAGUAGUUGACGGAAAAAAACAUAAAUAAACAUUUAAAGUCUUGCUGUCUUAGUGGCGUGUAUAUGUUUUGCCAACACAAAAAUGCUACAUACACAACAUGAAACAAUAAAAAUUAUUUGGUAGAAGA